AUGGAAGUCGAUGCGAACUCCAACGUGGUAGAAAGGUACGAGGCUUAUUCCUGCUCUAGAUGUCGAAGAUUGAAGAAAAGAUGCACGAAAGAAUGGCCUUCCUGUAAGAAUUGCUCGAAGGCGGGCGAAGAAUGUGUUUACCCAGGUAGAGCACCAAGAAGGACCAUAGAAGAGCUGCGACAAGCCAGACUUCGAGGAGAGGCCGUGGGCUCCAAGCGACGGAAAGUUGAAAAAAAAAGCUUCGACAGUAGCGGCAGCGACUCAAUCUCUAACACAUAUGCUUCACCUGGGUUCAGCGAUAACGGUUACUUACAAUCCGAAGGGGUGGAUCAGCCACAGCAGAGUGAAUCAGCAUCGCUACGUAAGGGUGUCGAUGUGGUUAGUGCUUCACCCGCUAAAGAGGACUCUGCUGAACACAUAGAUGGCGUUUCAUCUUUAGUAUGGGUAUUGAGUGCAAUGGGUGAUGGAGGGAACGGGAGCCCUUCACCACUGAGCUCUAUGACGAAUGGUGCUACCUUAUCACCACUUCACACUAUUCCAUCGAUUGCAAAUUUUAACUUCAGCACCAAUUCAAAUUCGAAUUCCAACUCAAACACAAAAGGCUAUUUUACACAACUUUCAAUGUCUUCGUAUGCAAAUCGAGAGCCUAAGAAAGAAAACAAGGCUCAGUUACAAUACAAUCAGGCCCCAGUAUAUUCAGAACCGAGUGAGGUUGAUUCCAUUCCAGUUAGGGCCUCAAAUAUUCAAAUUGAAGCUGUGAAAGGUAUAUACAAAGGAGGAAGAACAACACCAUGGCUUUCCGAGGACCACAAAUUUAAGCACAUUGAGCGGUCCCUGUAUGAUAGGUUUAUCGCCGCAUAUUUUAAACACAAUCAUAAAUCAUUCUAUAUGAUGGAUAAGGUAGCAUUUCUGAACCGAGUCUCUACGAUAAGAGAUUUUUCCACGUUGGGUGAGGAAUAUGAGGAUACAUUUGUUUUCCAGCUAUAUAUGACAAUGGCAAUUGGCUCGACAACUUUACAAAGGGCUGGGCUUUUGAAACCAGAGGAAGAAGAUCUUACUGAACAUUUCUCAUACAUAGCCAUGCAAAAUUUCCGGUCCGUGGUUCAUCACCAAAACAUAGAGACAAUAAAAUGUCUAAUACUUCUGGGAAUUUUUGCACUUUUUGAACCAAAGGGUGUGUCUUCAUGGACAAUUAGUGGAAUUAUCAUGAGACUUUGUAUUGGCUUGGGGUUUAGUAGAGCACUAUCUAACGAAAAGUUAAAGAGGCUGUCCCCAGUCGACGCAGAGUUGAGGUACAGAGUUUUCUGGAGCGCUUACUGUUUUGAAAGACUAGUCUCAACAUCUCUUGGGAGACUAUCAGCGAUUGAUGAUGACGAGAUCACAACACCGCUACCCACACCUCUAAACGAUGAGGAGAAAGAAGAUAUUGAAGUAUCGAAUAUGAUGAUUUCCUUGAGAAGAACAAGCGGAAGAAUUUACAAAAAAGUCCAUUCGUGCAGCGUUGGUCGCAAAAACCAUACUGUGGAAGAAAAGAAUGCUAUAAUUGAUUCCCUCCGCAAAGAAAUUGAUGAAAUCUACAACAAGGAGAGAGCAAAACUCCAACAGAAAAACGCAAAUAACUGGCGUGGCGGAAACACUAUUUCUUUCCACAGUUCGGAUAUUUGGUUGGCAAUGAGAUAUGCCCAAUUACUCAUCAUGCUGUAUCGACCCUCAGCUUUAAUCCCCAAACCCCCCAUGGACUCACUAACGCUACUGGGCGAGUUCUGCCUCAAGGCUCUUAAACACACCUACACGCUAUACAAGAAAAAACUGCUCCCACUCAAUUGGAUAACAUUGUUCCGCACCUUGACCAUAUGCAACACCAUACUCUACUGUCUGUGCCACUGGAGUAUCGAUCUCGUGGAAAGCAAGAUCGAAAUACAGCAGUGUGUGGAGAUACUCAAGCAUUUCGGUGAAAAAUGGGUCUUUGCAAUGAAGUGCGCUGACGUCUUCCAGAGCAUCAGCAAUACUAUCUUGGAAGUCAGUCUGAGCUCCGGCCAACUGCCCAACAUGGACGAAUUGACCAAGGAGCUGUUCGGAGCGAGCGACGAGUACCAGGAAAUCCUCUACGAGAACAACGUGGAUGUGUCAUGGAUUGACAAGAUGAUAUGA